AUGGUCGAGCUCGACAAGGACGUCUUUGCGACUAUCCUAGCAUAUAUCCAGCACCCGCCAACCCUCCACACCCUCCUCCUCGCGUUCCCACAUUCGCACCCACUUGUUUUGGUAGUCCUUGACCGGUUGUGGCAGCUGCCCAUCAACCUCGACUCUUUCAGCCUAAGGGCCACAACAGCGUCAAAUGAUGUCCUCGACUACCUGCUCACUAUCCCCACUGGGGAAACGGAGCCGCUCGCCCACCGCCUCCGCCAGCUUGUUGUUCGUCUCGAAGAUGAAUCGUUGGCGAGCCGUGAUCAGCCGCAACCGGCGCCUGCCAGUGUUCUCGCCCUUCGGAGUAGAAUUGUGGACCUCCUCGGGUCGUCUACAAACCUACGCACAUUCGACUACCAUGGCUAUCCCGGCUUGCAGUUGGAUUCAACCAUUUUGGAGCCAUUAGCAAAGCUGAAUCGACUGGAGCGAUUGGCUGUUGACUGUUCACGAUGCAGCAGCGCGCAAGGGGUUCCGGCCAGCGGCGCGGACUACGCGGCGCCUGGGGAGUUGAGUGCGACAUUUGACGCUGAUAUUUGGGACAUUGACGCAUUCACGACAGGCGUCGGUCCAUCGCUUUCCUCGUUGGAGCUCAGACACAUAAACUACACCGUGUUUGGAGGGAUGAAAACCAAGAUCGACGAAUUCAGGACCUACAACAAAUUGCGCGACCUCAAGCUUGACAUUACGGAGGGUGUCUGGAACUGGGGUGGUGGUGGCUCGCCGGCUAUGGGAGCGUCUUCCGAGUUCGAAUUUCCAUUCCUCGGAUUCCCUUCCGUCCGUCGCUUGGAGCUGGUUGUAUGCGAUAAGACCGUGUUUGCUGCCCAAACCGGACCGUUGAACAUGGUCGAUUACCGUCUCUUAGACGAAUUUCGUCUGGAUGUGCGAUCUAGUAUUGGUUGGAUGGACUUUGAGGAAAUCCACCUUUUCGAAGCUUUGCCUCCCUUAGACAUGAAUGCAUUGCGUCUUCUGGAAAUCAAUGACAAUGUGAACAACAACGCGCGCAAUUUCUGGGACUCCGAUGACGAAGAGGAUGUGACAGAAGAGGACAACGAAAAUGACCAAGAUGAAAAUGAAGAGGCUCCUGACGCCGACCAAGAAGACGACAAUGACUUCAGCGAUAAACUAGCAGGCUACAGUAAAUGGGAUCGAGAGGGCCGACUGUAUCCUGGCCUUGUGUCUGUGUUUCUGGCUUCAGUCAGCUUAGGGGGACUACCAAAUUUGACACACUUGUGGGUGAAUGAACGUGUGUUAAUGCUAGAAGACUUGUCCGUGCAGGAACUGCUUGUCAGUCCAGAGAGCAGGGAAGCCGUGACAUACGCAGAGGCCCUCCGAAGAAUAUUGUCCCGCCUUACAAGUUUACGUGUGGGGUUUGGUCGUGUCGACGCUACAGAUGUUGAAGCCAUCCUUGAACUAUGUGAUGCGACCAAGCUGACACAGUUCGGCUUCGAGUGGAAUUGGCAAUCGUAUGGAGAGGCCGAGAUAAUAUCCAGGCAACUUCUCGAGAGCCUUGCGCGUUUCCCGUUGCUCGCGGAUGUCCACAUUCUCUUUCCACGUCCGGGAACCGAAACAAAUGAGCUCGCUACAACAGAUCCUCGGACGCUUAAAGAUGUUUCUGCGCUCUUUUCCUGCAACAAAACAAUUGUAACGGUCGGCAUCGGCCAUUCCGUUGUCUGGGAGCGCGGUUCCCCCCCUGUGCUUGUCUGCGAUGGCAAGCAUGGGCUUCCGAAUGCAGCCGUGGCGAGGUUUUUCCAAGCAGGCUUUAUGUUGAACGGCAUCGAGGACGAUGUGGCGCCCGAGUCGGAUAACUGUACGCCUGAGCGACCGGAACUGGGUGAAGAGAUUGAGCAACUGCGGGAUGUGUUGCGGGCUAUCCUUGUUUAA